AUGCCAUUCAUGCAACAAGGUUGGCAAGAGAAAUCCAUCUUUCAAUCAGAUAAUGGUGCAGGUCGAUUCUUACACAUUACAGAUAUGCAUCCUGACAAAUACUAUACACCCGGAGCAAAGAUCAAUGAUGCAUGUCAUAAAGUAGACGAUAAAAAGGUUGAUGUGGAAAAGAAGAAAAAGAAAAAGAAGAAGGGCAAAGAUCAGAAACCAGACGUAGCAGGUCAUUGGGGUUCACCUGUAAGCGUUUGUGAUGCUCCUCAACAACUCAUUUCAGCAACUAUGGAUUGGCUAGCAAAGAAUUGGGGUGACUCUACUGGCGAGAAUGGUGAAGGUGCAUCAGCAUUCGACUUUAUCGUUUGGACAGGUGAUACCGCUCGUCACGAUCUCGAUUUCACUCAUCCACGUAAUGCGGAAGAGAUUUUUGACUAUAACCGCUGGGCGUUGGAAUUGUUUGAAAACAAAUUCCCAAAUACGCCAAUCAUACCAAAUAUCGGCAAUAAUGACAUCAUUCCGCACAAUAUCAUGUUUCCUGGCCCGAAUUCAAUGACGCGAGCGUUUCGCGAUAUAUGGUCAGCACAUAUCCCAGAAGAACAGCAUGAACACUUUUUGAAAGGAGGAUAUUUUGUUAAAGAUGUUUUACCGAACGAUUUGGCUGUUUUAAGUAUGAAUACGCUUUAUUGGUAUGAUGCAAAUGCUGCUACACGUGGUUGUAAGAAAAGACAUGAACCCGGAUCGAUUCAAUUGGACUGGCUCGAACAUCAAUUAUCCGAUUUACGUAAUCGUACAAUGCAAGCUCAUUUGAUCGGUCAUGUGCCUCCAACAGCUGGAAAUUACUUUUCAGAUUGUUAUGAUCGUUAUACGGAUAUCGUAUUGCGAUUUCAAGAUACGAUUGUCGGGCAACAUUUCGGACAUAUGAACAUCGAUGCUAUGUUCUUGCAGGAGGACUUCACGAUCGCAUCCGAAUCAGCCAAAAGCCUCAAGCUUGCUAGAGAUCGAGAUGAUGAAGGCACGAUUCAUAUUGCCAGUAUAGCCUCCGAUCUACGAAAAGAUUACGAUCUAGUACCUACAGAGCAAAAGACCAACCUUGAUGCAUAUUUGCCCUUUUUCGCAUCAUCUGCUGUCGUUCCGACGUAUUUGCCCACCGUUCGUGUCUGGACAUACAACAACUCCAGACCAUCGGAUUGGGACGAAAGCAGACAGAGGAAGAGCGACGUCCCGCGUCAAUACUUUUUGGAAGAGCAAUCCGUAGAGCCACAGGCUGGUGUUGUAACAGAGGAAGACUUCGACUCCAAGCAAGAGCGGGUGAAGCCAAUUGAACCACUCGGAAGAAGUCAUCGUAGACCGAGACAUCACAAGAAGCACAAGAAAGGCCAUAAUCUUCCUAGACAUACAUCUCCCGAUUCUCCUUCGCGUAAGAAUAGCUAUUUGACAAUGUUAGGCUACAGUCAUUGGGUUCUGGAUCUGGAGGAGCAUAAUAAUCGCAGAAAGGACGCUGAAGAGCGGGGUGAAGAACCGCCAGAAGGAGUGGAUUACCAAUUAGAGUACACCACCUACGAUGAACAUACGCUUUGGAGCGAUUUCGUGGAUAAUGGAGGACGAUUUGCCGGACAUGUUCAUCGACCGGUGCCAAAACAUUUGUUAGACCGGGAGGUAGAACGCAGAGAAUCAAAAGCACCCAAAUCACUGGAACAUACAGGGCACAAGAUUCAUUUACCCAAAGCAUUAAAGCAUCUUACCGAUUACAAGAUGCCAAGUGUCACGGUCGAACAUGUCUUGGACCUAGCCAGAGAAUUGGCAGGAGAUGAUAAGUUAUGGAAAAGAUUCAAAAGUCGAAUUUAUACGGAAAGUGGAGCGGAUGAUUAGCUUCCGUAGAGGGGUGGUGAUAGAAGGAGAAUAUGCUGUAAUCAUGCUAAAUAGAUUGAAUCAUAUCGACCCGAUGAUC